AACACUCACAUAUGCAUACUUGCACCAAGAGAAGGAUGGCAGUUAACAGCGUCCGUAGCAAAUUCAGAAGUGUAUAUAGUCUGCAGCUUUCACUAUUAGCAUUCUGGCUUAUUUGGAUCCAUGUCAUGCAUGUGCAAUCAUCUGAGGCAGAAACUGCCAAGAAUUUUCCCAAAUGUAAGCUUGUAAACUCCAGCCAUGGAGUCAUUGCAAACUGCCAGCAUCUCGGACUAACGAAAGUUCCUCAAGAUCUGCCUUCGAGUGUGUCUGAGCUUGACCUGUCUGCAAAUAAGCUGACCGCUCUGCACAAUGAUUCUUUAUACCAUGUUCCCAACAUGAUCAUCCUCAUCUUGGAAGCCAACCCAAUAAUAUCUCUUGAGAGUGGGUCAUUCUGGCCUUUGACAAAGCUCAGGACUCUAAUACUCAGCUACACCAACCUACAGUUAAUACCACCAAGAACUUUCUUGAAGAACGUGCUACUUACAAAGCUCCUAAUGAAUGACAAUAACUUAGCAUCUGUCCCCCACGGAGCUGUUUCCGACGUACCGCACCUGUCUAAUCUGCUGCUUAAUGGAAAUAAAAUAACCAGUCUUGACUUUGAGGGAUGUUCACAUUGGUCUCACCUAGGAAGAAUCAACCUUGACCUAAAUGAAGUUGAGGAAAUUGGGCGGGAUGACUUUCUACCUCUGGAGAACACAACAAUACACAGUCUGACCUUCGGAUCCAACAAAAUAAAACUUCUACAACCACAAAGCUUCCUGCAUUUAAAUUCCAUACAACAAAUUUUGCUAGAUGGGAAUCAACUUCAAUCAUUUGACAUUCAACCUUUCUUAGGCAUGACUUCCAUUGACUAUUUAUCGUUGCACGGAUGCCAGAUCCAUGAACUUUUACCACCUGAAACAGCCUCCAACAUGUCUGUCACGUACCCAACCAUUCGAUCUUUAAAGCUGUCUGGUAAUAAAAUUGAAACUGUGCCAGUGGGAGCUUUCUGGGGCUUCACCACACUUGAAGUGCUGGCCUUGAGACUAAACAAAAUCAAACUCCUCACAAACAGAUCGUUGUGUCAUCUGGAGUCACUUACAGAACUGGAUAUUUCCUAUAACAAAAUAACCACCUUCUCCAAUGCGACAUUUGCCUGCCUGCAGAGUUUGAAAGUGCUGAAUGCAUCAGGAAACUUACUACAGGCCCUUUUGCCAGGAUAUUUUAAUGGAUUGCGAUCCAUUCUUACCAUAACAGUCUCGAGUAACAGAAUCGAAGAUCUGAACAAUGGCAAACAUCUGUGGACAGUUAAGACACUGCGCAUGCUCGACAUAUCCCACAAUGCUCUAAUUAGUAUUGGUCAGGAGAGAUUCAAUGGCCUUGUCAAUCUGGAGAUACUAAACAUAACUGAUAAUAAUAUUAAUUACUACAGUUACAAAGCUUUCACCAACAUUUUGAACUUAAAGGAGCUGUACCUCAAAAAUGAAGCCACAACGUAUCUGAAAGAUGCAUUUAGUCAACUACAGACCUUGCUUAUUCUAGAUAUAUCGAACGCACCCAUCAGGCUAUCAAUUCAAUCCCAAGAGCAGUUUUCAAAUAUGAGUAGUUUAGGUGAACUUCGAAUGGAGAAUGCACAGCUGGAGAAUACUACCUUAUACGAUAAGGACAAAAAUCAGUCGCUCUUCGCAGGUCUCUCUUCACUGUACAAGUUGAGAAUCAAAGGCAAUUAUUUGCAUGACCUUGACAUCAGGGUAUUUCAGAACCUUUCACGGCUAGUCGAUCUUGACAUGACCAACUCAAGAAUAUAUACACUAAGAUCGGGAUUGUUAAGUCCUCUCAUCUCUCUAAGAUACCUUUACCUCAGUGAGAACAGUUUGGUGGAACUCCCUGGAGAUGUAUUCAACGGGCUCUUCAACCUGAAAGUCCUCUACUUCCAGAACAAUAUCCUGAGUAGUCUGGACCCGCAGACUUUUGCACAGACAUUAGAACUGACUGACCUCUAUCUCCCUGGGAAUCAAAUCAGCACAAUCAAACCUGGAACAGUUCUACCAGGGAAUAAUUCACUCCGGUUGGACAUCUCAAACAACCCUUUAUCCUGCACCUGCUCCUUGAAAUGGUUCAGGCAGUGGUUGGACACAGCUAACAUAGAUUUCAAACAUGCACAUAAAACGCUUUGCUCGGGUACAUCUCUGAAAGGAUUUAAGAAACAACCAAUACUGUCCUUUCAUCCCGAAGAUUACUGUGGUGUCAACAUCUUCCUCAUUGCAGGUGUGUCUUUCGCAGGCAUCUUUAUUUGCCUGCUAACGAUACUUGCAUAUCACAGACGUUGGUGGUUGAAUCACAAGAUAUUCCUUUUGAGAUUGGCUGUGGUUGGCUACAAAGAGAUGGCAGAGGACUUUGAGGCAGAUCACUAUGAGUUUCAUCUCAACCUCAUGUUCCAUGAAGAUGAAGAGGAGUGGGUGGAUCGGGUCAUGAGACCUGCCCUGGAGGAGAGGUUGCCACAUCUACGGAACAUCAUCUAUGGAGACAAAGACCUGCACCUUGGGAUGUUCUACAUCAAUGCAAUCUUCCAUGCCCUGGACAACAGCUUCAAGACAGUCUUGUUGAUCAGCAACCGGUCAGUUGAUGAUGCCUGGUGCAUGACUAAGCUUCGUAUGGCUCUUGAGCACAUCAACGAUACAGGACUAGACAAGAUCGUCUUGCUCUUUGUGGAGGAGAUUGAUGACGAGAACCUGCCGUAUCUUGUCAGGUUGUUCCUGAGCAAGAACAAACCUUACAUGCUGUGGACAGAUGAUGAAGAUGGGCAGGAACUUUUCUGGGCUCAGUUUGAGAAGAGCAUGAGAUCUAAUAAGGCUGUCAAUAAUGCUAUUCCUCUCUGAUGGGCACUUAGGUUUUUUUUUUUUGGGGGGGGGGGUGUAUUUUUGUAUAUUCAUAGCGGCAAAAAUAAUAUAAAAAAAAAACAGCCAACAAACAAAAAUCCAAUUUUGUGAUAGAUUUUGACAUGAUAUCCAGAAAAACAGUUUUACCCUUCUUUCUUUCCUUUCUAUUUUUUUUUUUGGGGGGGGGUCUGUACGCCACUGUGCAUUUUUUUAUGAUUGUGCGUUAAGCUCUAUGCGGCAGUAGCAUUAAGAGUAAAAAAGCGAGGGGCACAGUAUGGCUUAUGUGCUAAAACGCUGCUUAAUUUACAUUAAGUCGCGAUCGAGCGAGCGACAAAAAAAAUCAACUUUUCAUGAGAAUCUUGCUUUGAGAUAUUUUUUUACAUCAUUUUCAGUAAAUAAAAUCAUAUCCUCCACUUUUCCUUUGCUUUUCUUUCCUCUUUUUGUUCUUGGUACUAGAACUUUUGGGGACCAUGGCUCAACCCUUCCAUAAUCAUAGGCCUAUACGGCAGUGUUAUGCGGUAAGGGUCCGGGGCGCAGCACCGGUAAUUCUUGAUAUCAAAGCCAUUUUAAACCUUGCAGAUUGCCGGUAUUUUAGUCAAAUUACGGGUAAAUACAGAAUGUAGCUUUUACACAACACAUUUUUUAAACGCAGUUGCGUAAUGAACCAAAUAUUUUGAGGGGGCACAAUUAAUAUAGCAACGGGGGAAAAUUUGUAAAAAGCCGCCAGCGAGCCUGAAAAAAAAAUUGCCUAUUCAAAUUAAAUUCUAAUAAUGAGAUAAUUUUUUUCAUUAUAUUCAGCAAAUAAUUACAUAAAAAGAAAGAUAAAACUGACGUUAGUAAUUAUAGGCCUAUAAGUGUAUUAUGUGUAGUGUCAAAAAUUUUGGAAAUAUCUGUUCAUGCUCAAGUGGAGAAAUACUUUCAAGAAAGCAAGCUAAUAUAUCAAUUUCAGUCCGGCUUUCGUAACGGAUAUUCCACUGAAACUUGUUUAAUACAUUUAACAGAUUUUUUCAAGAAUGAAAUUUCACAUGGGCGCGUGGUUGGAAUGGUUCUUCUAGACUUCCAAAAAGCCUUUUGAUACUGUAAAUCAUAACAUACUUUUAAAGAAAUUAGAAGUGAUGGGUUUAGACUCUGCAUGUGUGACAUGGUUUAGAUCAUGUUUAUCUAACCGUCAUCAAGUAGUAUACCAUGCAGACGGUUCUUUCUGAUUCACUGCCUAUUAAAUGCGGAGUCCCUCAAGGAAGCAUUUUAGGCCCCAUUCUUUUUAUGUUAUACAUCGACAAUGAUAUGUGCACUUGUAUUAAUAAAUCUAAAUUAAUUUUAUAUGCUGAUGAUAAUGUCUUGCUAUAUUCAGAUACAAAUCCCAAGAUAAUUGAUAAAAAACUUAGUGCAGAUUUGGCAAAUUGCAUCGAAUGGAUGUCUGACAACAAGCUUAUUUUACACGUUGGGAAAACGGACAGCAUUUUAUUUUGUUCGAAACGAAAGUUAAGAUAUACACACGAUUUCAAGGUUUCAUGUAAUAAUCAGGUAAUUGACAGAAAAGAUUCGGUAAAAUAUUUGGGAAUUAAUUUAACAAGUAACCUAUCAUGGACGGGUUUGGUAGACUCAAUCGCCAAAAUGGCAAAUUCACGCUUAAAAUGUUUGUAUAGAUAUCAAACCUGUUUGAAUAUGAAGUGUAGACGUAUUUUAUGCUUUGCUUUAUGUCUAUUCGACUAUGCUAAUGCGGCUUGGUACGGUAGUCUGGGUGUUACGGAUAAGAAAAAGCUAAGAAUAAUUCAAAAUAAAAUUGUAAGAUACAUAAGUGUUUUAGGACCAAGAGCACAUGUCGGAUGUAAUGAACUUGAAAAGGCAGGAUUACUUCAUGUAGAUCACAGAUCACAACAAUUAGUAUUACACCACGUGCAUAAGAUAUUCUAUUCGGAUACAUUGGAUUACUAUAUAGCAAAUAAUUUCACCCGUGUAUCAAAUAUCCAUAGGUACGAUACUCGAAAUAGUAAUUUUGAUUUUGUAUUACCAAAAUGUGAAGGACAUAUAGGGGGCACUUUCUAUUUUAAUGGCAUCCAAUCUUGGAAUGCUCUUCCUAAUCAAGUAAAAGCUGUUAGUUUUUUUCUCAAUUUUUAAAACUGGAAGCUACUCGAGAACAGUAUUACCAGUAAAAAUCACACAUUUUGUACAGUAGUAUUGUAGAUAAUGUAUAGGGUAUGUUAAAAUAUAAUCUUGCAUCAUAUAUUAGGAUGAUUAUUGUUUGCUUCAGAUGUUUGCAAAUUAUUUGACUGAUGGAUAUGUAUUUUUUUUACCAUAUUCCAGUACUUGUCAUAGUUUAUACUUUUUGUUACAAUGUAUUAAUGUUUUAUACUAACAAUAGGACCCCAUAGGAAAUAAGCAUUUCGGCUUUCAUGGGCUAUCCUGUCAUGCAGGGUAUUCUUCAAUUUCAUUGUAAUCUUCUGUGAUAUUCCUGACGAAUAAAAUCAAUCAA